AUGGAACAAGGAACACCAAUCGAAACCGACGCCAUUGUCAUUGGAGGUGGCUUCGGGGGGUGCAAUUCCCUCUACAAACUUCGUGAACAAGGCCUAUCCGUCAAACUCAUCGAGGCUGGAUCGGCCUUUGGAGGUGUCUGGCAUUGGAACCGCUAUCCCGGUGCUCGUGUCGACUCAGAAAUGCCCUCCUACCAAUUCAACAUCCCCGCCGUGUGGAAAGGAUGGAAUUGGUCACAACGUUUCCCAGGCGAUGAGGAGCUGCGCCAAUACUUCCAGCAUGUUGAUUCUGUUCUAGAGUUGAACAAGGAUGCAUACUUCAAUACUAUUGUUACUCGUGUGCAGUAUGAUGUGGACAGUGGUCGAUGGACUAUUGGUACCAAUACGGGUCUGCGGGCUACGUGCAAGUUUCUCAUUGCUGCGACCGGAUCGUCAUACAAAAAGCAUUUUCCCCAAUUCCAGGGUCUCGAUGCGUAUGCUGGGCCGUUGAUCCAUGCUGCAGACUACCCUGAGAAUCUCGAUGUGACGGGGAAACGGGUUGGGAUCGUGGGCAAUGGAGCCUCGGGUCUUCAGAUUGUUCAGGAUCUGGCCAAGAAGGAUUGCCAACUCGACGUGUUCAUCCGUACGCCCUGCUUUGCGAUUCCGAUGAGACAGCGUGAGAUCUCCCCCGAAGAGGCGGAGAUGAUGAAAGGAUAUUACGAUGGUCUCUUUGAUCGUUGCUACAAGUCCGUUAGUGGGUUCCCUCACAACACUCGUCCUCAGUCAGCUCACCAGGCUACUCCUGAAGAGCGGAAAACGCUGUUUGAUGAGUUGUGGGCGCGAGGUGGAUACAACUUCCUCGUUUCCAACUACUAUGAUUUCCUGCUGGACGAGAAAGCCAAUUCCAUGUUUUACGACUACUGGGUGCAGCAGAUUCGGGCUCGUAUGACAGAUCGGGAGAAAAUGGAAUUGGUUGCUCCGUUGAAGCAGCAUAUGUGGAUUGGAACGAAGCGGCCGAGUCUUGAACAGGACUACUACGAGAUGAUUGACCGUCCCAAUGUCACGCUGCACAACUUGAAGCAAUUUCCUAUCGUGGAAUUCGAUUCGAAUGGCUUGGUGACUAGCGAUGGCAAAACCACAAGGCACCAGGCCCUGGACAUCGUAGUCUGUGCGACGGGGUAUGAUGCAGUCACUGGGAGUCUCCUUGAUCUGGGGAUCACCGACAAAAAUGGCCAGCCUCUGGAAGAAAAAUGGCGCAACGGUGUCUUAACACACCUGGGUCUGAUGAUUCCUGAUGUUCCCAACUUCUUCAUGGUUUAUGGACCUCAGGCACCCACCUCUCUCGCCAAUGGACCCCCUUUUAUCGAGAUGGAAGUUGACUGGAUUUGCAAGGUCAUUGCGAAAAUGGACAAGGAAAGUCUGGAGUCUGUGGAGCCGACAGAGCAGGCAGCUGAACAGUGGCGCGAUCAUGUUGCUACUGUAUGUGAACAUACUUUGUAUCCCAAGACGGCUUCUUGGUAUAUGGGCUCCAAUAUUCCCGGUAAACGCCGUGAGCCACUCAUCUAUCUUGGUGGCAUGCAGCGUUGGUGGCAGAGUUGCACGGAAGCUUUGGCAACGUGGAAUGGAUUCAGUACGAAGUGA